AUGAAAUUAGAUAUUAAGAAAGCUUUUACUGCAAGAUCAGAUAGAGUUAAAGCCAUAGAUUUUCAUCCACUACAACCUUGGAUAUUGAUUACCUUAUAUUCGGGCCGCGCUGAAAUUUGGAACUAUGAAACACAACAGCAAGUUAGAAGUAUUGAUGUAACUGCAGUUCCAGUUAGAGCAGGUAAAUUCAUAGCUAGACAAAAUUGGAUUGUCGUUGGAUCCGAUGAUUUUAAGAUUAGAGUUUAUAAUUAUAAUACUGGAGAAAAAGUUGCAGAUUUUGAAGCACAUCCAGAUUAUAUUCGUUCCCUAGCCAUUCAUCCAACUUUACCUUAUUUACUAUCUGCUAGCGAUGAUACUACUAUUAAAUUAUGGAAUUGGGAGAAAAAUUGGAAUUUAGAACAAACUUUUGAAGGUCAUCAACAUUUUGUGAUGUCUGUUGCAUUUAAUCCAAAAGAUCCAAAUACCUUUGCAUCUGCUUGUUUAGACCAUACUGUUAGAAUUUGGUCUUUAGGUAAAAAUGUUCCAAAUUUUUCUAUCACCGCACAUGAAACACAAGGUGUUAACUAUGUAGAUUAUUAUCCACUACAAGACAAACCAUAUUUAAUCACCUGUUCUGAUGACCGCACUGUUAAAGUUUGGGAUUACCAGACCAAAUCUUGUGUUUCUACAAUGGAAGGUCAUUUAACCAAUGUUUCAUAUGCCAUUUUCCAUCCAACAUUACCCAUCAUUAUUUCUGGAUCGGAGGAUAGUACCAUUAAAAUUUGGAAUAGCAACACAUACAAACUAGAAAAAACCUUGAAUUUGGGAUUGGAAAGAAGUUGGUGUAUUGCUGCUCAUCCACAAGGUAAAAGAAAUUAUAUUGCUUCUGGGUUCGAUGAUGGAUUCACUUUAUUAUCUAUGGGUAACGAUGAACCAAAAUUGUCUCUGGAUCCAGUUGGGAAACUAGUUUAUUGUGGCGGUAAACCAGGUUCCAGUAUUUCCGAUGUUUUCACUGCUGUAAUCAGGGGCAACGAGCAGGUGGAGGAUGGUGACAUUUUACCUUUACAAACCAAAGAAUUGGGCUCUGUCGAAGUUUUCCCAUCAAAAUUGCAACAUUCUCCUAAUGGCAGAUUUGUCGCCGUUACUGGUGAUGGCGAAUAUAUCGUUUACACUGCUUUGGCUUGGAGAAACAAGGCCUUUGGUAAAUGCUCUGAUUUUGUGUGGGCACCUGAUUCCAACUCUUAUGUGAUUAUUGAUGAAAAUGGUGCAUUGCAAUUGUACAAGAAUUUCAAGAAAUUCAAAGAACUAAAGAUUGACGUGCCAGAUUCAACCGAAAAGUUAUUUUCUGGACCAUUUUUAGGUAUUAAGUCUUCUGACGGAUUUAUACUAUUUUAUGAGUGGGAAACAGGUAACUUGGUCAGACGUAUCGAUGUGAAUGCACGUGAUGUUUUUUGGUCUGAUAAUGAUGAACUAGUUAUGCUUACUACCGGUUCCAAAGAAAAUGAACAACAAGGUGGAUAUGUCUUGGAAUUUAACAAGGAUGUAUUUGAAGAGAAUGUUUCCAAGGGGGAAAUUACAGAAGAUGGGGUAGAAGACUGUUUUGAUGUUUUGUAUGAGGUUCCUGAUUUAAUCAAGAGUGGUAAAUGGGUUGGCGAUGUUUUUAUUUAUACUUCUGAAACUGAUAGAUUGAACUAUUUUGUUGGUGGCAAAACAUACAAUUUAGCCCAUUUUGAAAGACCAAUGUAUUUAAUUGGGUAUUUAGCAAGAGAUAGCAGGAUAUAUGUUGCUGAUAAAGAAAUAAAUGUUUUCAGUUACAAAAUUUCGAUUGAAGUUUUGGAAUUCCAAACAUUAGUGCUAAGGGGUGAACUACAAGAGGCUUUGGACACUGUUUUGCCAAAUGUUGAGGGCAAAGAUAAUCUAAUGAAACUAUCCAGAUUUUUAGAGGGCCAGGAAUUAUUCAAGGAAGCAUAUCAAGUUUCAGCUGACGAUGAACAAAAAUUCUUUUUAGCUUUAAAAUUGGGUUAUUUACAAGAAGCUUUUGAUUUAAUUAAAAAUGAUGAAAGUGAACAUAAAUGGAGAACAUUGGGUGAUUCUGCAUUAAAGGAAUUUAAUUUUAAACUAGCCAUUCAAAGUUAUGAAAAAGCAAAUGAUACAGAGUCUCUAUUUCUACUAUAUUCUUCUUUUAACAUGAAAGAUAAAUUGAAUGAAUUGGGGGAAACCGCUGAAGCUGAAGGCAAAUUUAAUGUUGCAUUUAAUUCUUAUUGGACAGCUGGCAAUUUGACUGCUGUUCAAAAUUUAUUGGUAUCUAUUGGAAGAAUACCUGAAGCUGCCAUGUUUGGGUUAACAUAUGGUCAGGAUUCCAAGCAAAUAAAUUCGUUAGUUGAAAUUUGGAAAGAAAAAUUAACUUUAGAUGAUAAGAAAAAAAUUGCAGAUAGAAUCAGUUUAUAUGGCGAUGACGAAGGGUUUCCAAAAUAUAGUGCAACCUCUGAACCAUUAAUUGAUUUGGGAGAGUCAGCCGUAGCUGUGAAAGAGGAAGAUAUUGAGCCAAUAGUGGAACAUACUGAAAAGGAAGAUGUGGAUGCUGCUGUUCAAAAAUGCACUGGUUCAGAAGAAGUGGCUGAAGAUCAAUCAAGUGAACAAUUGGAAAAAAAAGAACUUUCAACUAACGAAGUUGAAAAACCUGAACAAGAAGAAAAACUUGAACAAGAGGAAAAACUUGAACAAGAGGAAAAACUUGAACAAGAAUAA